AAUCACUUACCACAAUGCGCGCAUUUCGGAGCAGUUUCUAGUGUUGUGCUUGCCCGUGAACGUGGCAGACGUGAAAAAACUUGAGCGCCACCAGCGCUCGAAGAGCCGCGAAAACGCGGGAAGUCAUCCCGCCUCGCAUCGGGUUAUUCGGGAUAAUCUUCUGUGUUUGUUGACGUUGACGGCCUGGGCCAGUACUGUUGCAAUAAUUAUAAUAAAUAAAAACCUUAGCUUUAGUCGAACUCGUUGAUUUAUAACUGUUCCUCGAGAGAUGGAGCACGAAGAGGACGAGCACAGCGGGGAAAGUUCUCUGGAGAAACACGACGAGAGUAUGGAACUGGAUGAAGACAGUGCCUCAGAGGAAUCGGAAUCCAGCAAUGCCGAUGAAAGUAAAAAUUCCUCAACGGAUGUGUCCAUGGUCAAUGACUCCAGAAACUCUACGCUUGUUAACAAUGCAUUAUCAUCCGAAGACUUGAUUAAGAACAGCACAUGGGAAUUGGGAACAUUAGCCUGGGCUCGAAUGAGCAUUUAUCCAUUUUGGCCUUGCAUGAUCACGCAUGAUCCUAACUCUCCAAUGAUUUAUCAAAAAGUUCAAACUGUUGGUAAAUCUAAAACAUUGAUGAUUCAUGUACACUUCUUCAAUGAUAAUGGAAGACACAGUUGGAUACCCUCACAUCACAUGCUGCAUUUUGACAAUGGAAUUGAAGAUUUUCGUAAACGUGCUAGUCUUGUAACUGAUAUUAUAAGAAAGAAGGAACCCAAGUUUGCUGCUGCGCUGACCAUCAAGCCAAAUAUUUAUGGAACAUGGCAAAAAGCAGUAGCAGAGGCUAUGGACGUACUUUAUGAAAUUGAUAUGUCCCCUUUGGAGAAUUUCAAACCGAGACAAAAAGACUCAAAGACCAAUGCUUCAAAUAACAAUGGCGCCAUCAAAAAAAGAAAACGGAAAGAUGAUGACACAAAAAGUGCAAAGAAGCAUUUAAAACAGACUGAUUCAAAUGAUGACUCAAGACUGAGUACAAAUGUAAGUAAUACUGAUGUAGAAAGUAAUUUAAACUUAGAAACUCCGCCAGUUUCACCUCCAAACGAGGAUGACCUACGAGCCGCUACCUUUCAAAAGCAAAAACGCAUUUCAAAAAUGAUAAAUAAAUUACAACCACCAGAUUUUGAAGUAUACUACGAAAGAAAUUUUUUCACCAUAAGAGAUCAGCACACUGAUGCAACAGAUGAGCAGGUACGAGAGUAUUUAUAUGAUGUUUGGCAAAGCAUGGCUCCUGAAGAGAAAUCAAAGUACCGCUCAACCUAUAAAAUUGAAAAUCACAGUUAACGUUAUAGAAUUUCUAUUGUAUUUCUAUUUCUAAGAUAUGCCAUUUUAGUUGAAAUCAAAUGAUGUAGCGAGUAUCAAUAUUGUAUAAAGACUAAAAAUACUAAAAAUUAGGAAAUUUAUAAAUAACAAUUUUUAUCAUGAAUUUAAAUAUAGAAAAAAAGUUGAUUUUACAAAAUAUGAAAUGCAAUUACAGAAACCUGAUGAUUUUAUAUUCAUUCUAAAAAUACAACUUACUAGUUAAAUAAUUUUAGAGAUCCAUCCAUCAGUAGUGAUUUUAAAUUAUACAUGUUUUUGUAAAAUCUAUCAACGUGUAACGAAUUUUACAAAUAACAAAAUUUACUAUUGAUUGUAUUGCUCAUAUUAACUAUUAAAUCGUUGUCUCAAUGAAUUUUUCUAAAUUGUACAGGUUUACGUUAUUUUAAACUUAUAUGAUUGUGUAAAUAAAAAAACUAUCUUUACUGUUGCACUAUUGAUGCAAAAUCUCUGUUGAUUUUACUUGUUAUAAUUAAAAAAUUAUCAAAACAUCUGUAAGGGUAAUAUUUUUAAAUACUCGUAAGCAUAUUGUUAAAUUUUCUAUUACCAUUUUGCGUGAAAAAUUGCUUAAAAAAUCUGGUAUACUGUGUGAUACAUUGACAAUCAUUUAGAACAAUAUGUAUAGUUGUGUAAAACCCGAACAGACUUUUAUCACUUCAUCAUAUGUAAAAUGGUUAAUGAAUUUUAACGCUAUUUUGCACAAAAUAUUGAAUAUCGAAACUAUUUUUGUAUAAUAAAUUUUAAAAAGUGCAUAUAAAACAACUGCUAGUAAGUUGUAAGAAUGUUCUUCGAUAAUUUUAAUAAUAAAAUCGUAAAAUAUCAACUGCAUAAAAUUGUAACUUUCGUAAUUUAAUAUUCUACAAAUUAACUCUAAGAUAUUCAAAAACAAUAAUUGAUUUUUUUUAAUCUGUAAAUAAAGUUCAAGAUUUUCGGAAAGUGUUAUAGAGGUUUGUUAAAAAUCUUUUACAAUCGGGAUAAACAAUGCCUCUAUCACACUACUUUGCCUACGUUAAAAAAUGAUUUAAAAUAUCAACUCUAUAGUAAUAUACUUUUACAUUCCGUAUUUUUCAACUAGAUUAGAUUUAUAAACGCACUUGAAAUGCAAUUGAAGUGUUAUGGUUAUUCUUUAUGAACCAAAGUGCGGCCUUACCUCCUUUUCUAUGUGAUUGAGUCCACACGCAAAAUUAAAAUCAAUUGCCAUUUUCAAGUUAUUUACUUACUACUAUAAACUUUAAAUAAGACUAAUUUAAUUGUUUACUUUGACUUCUUGCGGUAAAUAAAUAACUGACAAUUAGUUUAAAUUUAGUUCGUAAACAAUAUCAACUUGACAUAUAAGUAUGUACAUUGUGCAAUAUUGUAAAUGCAUGAACAAUCGAUCCAAUAAGUGUACUUUACUAUGUGCCUAGCAAAACGCGAAAAAUGUACAUGUACUGCCAUCGCUUUUAUGACUUUUAUACUGAUUAAAAAUUACUUAUUUGUUAUGGUUGUUAAAAAAUAAAAAAAUAUUUUCAUGUACAUAAGUAAUAAAUAUGACGAGUUUAUCUUUUAAA